AUGAUAACAAUAGCGGCGAAGAAGAACAGACGGAGAAGGCUGCAGGGAAGAGAAAGACUAAACAGCUUAAGCUGCAAAAGACUUGUUGUUCAGAUGACUAAUCAAACGGUGGUGAGACUUCCUCCUGCAAAGAAGGUUGCGAAGACUCUAAUGCUCUCAACCUCAAUGAAAACUAGGGCUAGCCGUGGAAAUGCUACCGAUCCUCAAAGCCUCUAUGCAAGGAAAAGAAGGGAGAGGAUAAACGAGCGGCUAAGGGUUUUGCAAAACCUCGUCCCUAAUGGAACAAAGGUCGAUAUUAGCACGAUGUUGGAGGAAGCAGUACAAUAUGUCAAAUUUUUGCAGCUCCAAAUUAAAUUAUUGAGCUCUGAUGAUCUAUGGAUGUACGCGCCCAUAGCUUACAACGGGAUGGACAUUGGCCUUGAUAUGAAACUCAACUCACUCAUAUAA